ACAGUUGUUGCGAAUCAGGAAAAUCGAAAAAAACGUCUAAAAACAUCAAUCUUUUGUUCGCGGCGCAAGGGACGGAAAAAAUCCUUGGAAACGUUUGGCAAGCAGCAGCAUAAAAGUAUACUAUCAUUGGUUGUGUGUGAAUCAUCGGGGGCCUCACCUAUUUUGAGCUAAAUUUGGAACACGAAAAUCUCUAGCAAAGAUCCUGACUGAAAAUGACCUCCUCGGCCGGAGUACUGCAGUCGGUGCGUGAAGAUGAUUUCGUCGAGUAUUUCCUGUUUCCGGCAGGCGCUGGUCUGACGGCGAGUGACCUUUCGCUGGCCAACUACCUUUCCGAAACGGCGCUGGAAUCGAUACGGGCCGAGGUCACUGCAGUGGCGACCGAAUACUGCCGGCAGUAUUUGUGGCAUCGAGACGGAUUUGCGGUUCACUGUCGUCGGGGUGGCGAGGAAAGGCGCAUCCUGAUCGAGGCCAACGGGGACAAGGAUGCACAUCCAAACUUGCCUCCACAUUUGCACGGAAUAUCGCACAUAGGCGAAAACAUUCAAGACGAAUGGUUCAUCGUAUCGCUGUUGUUUCAUCUGACGCGUCAAAUUCCGGGCUUGGUGGCAAGAGUGGCCGAUUCGGAUGGCGAAUUUUUGCUGAUCGAAGCAGCCGAACAUCUGCCCCGUUGGGCAAAUCCGGAAACCUGCGAGGGACGAGUUUUCAUUUACGAUGGACAGCUGGUGCUAGUGGGAAACGGCGAGGAGCCAGAUAAGUCAGCAAUUGAGCUAAACACGGUGCUAGCAGAGCUGCGAAAAGGGUCAGGCCAAGCCAAGUGGACAGUUUCAGAUGCUAUUCGAGCCUGCAUUCAUGAUCGGAUUAAAGACUUCCCCGAGAAAAUAGUCGAAAAUCAUCAUCGCGAAACUUUGUACGUUCCUGUAGGAGUGGCAGCAGCUUUAAAGGAAAAUCCUCAACUCAUAUCGGCCGCUGUGUUGGCUUUCUGCAAUCGCGAUCCAGUGGAUUUGAAAGCAUGCCGAGCAAUGAGAUUUUUCCCCCCAGAAAAUUGCGUCUAUACAAGUGCAGUUUUCACCAAAUGUUUGUAUGCCAUGUUGACGCACAGCAAUUACCUGCCAGAUAGAAGAACCGGUUGGAAUCUGCCGAAAGCAAACGAUCCCAACUAUAAAGCGCACAUGCUAGGCGUUAAACUUGCGUGCGGUUUUGAAAUCCUCGCUUCUCAAGCAAAGUCUUCCCAAUCACUAGAGACUGACAAGGCAUGGCUUAGCUAUUAUGAAUCUUUGAAGGCAAAAGGCUACUUCCAGCAAAAUAUCGAGGGAUCUCAAGAAUACAAUCGUUUACUAGGCACGGCAAAGAGCUACUAUACGGAGAAUCGUGAUUCUAUGAAAUUUACACCAAAAAUUGGUGAAGAAAUUGUUGCACUUCUCAAGCGUAAUGAUUUCGAUGUCGAAGAAUUGCGGAAGCAAGGUCAAAAUCUACCUCAACCAGAUGAUGAUAGUUGGUUGAAUAUAUCACCUGAAGAAUUGGACGAUAUGCUUACUAAACGCUACGGUGUCAAGAAGUUAUUUGCCCUGAAUGGAAAUGCUGAUCAGGAAAACUUUUCUUCCAUGGUAUCGGAGUUCCUCGAACAAAAGAGUGAGUUUGACGGUGUCGAACAAACUGCAGUAACAAAUCAGUUUGAUCUGGCCUCAGUUCGACCUACGAAACCUAAACGAACAAAAUCGAAAGCCAAAGCCGAUGCUACUCAUAAACAGCCUGUUAUCAAUCAUCAACCUUCUCCUCUGCAUCAGCCGAUCGAUUUCGAUCCCGACGCUUUCACUGCCACCGUCAAGAACCUUUUAGACCUGGUUAUCCCGGAAGAUCGUUGGGACUCUUCGACCAAUUCAGAUAUGAGUGACUACGGCGAGGAAGAUUACGACCAGAACAUUGAAGAUAUGUCUCCGACUCGCACUGGAAAAGCGGUUCGAAAUCAGUUACAAACCUACAUGGAUCAAAUGGAUCGCGAACUGGCCAAAACAACAAUUGGGAAGAGCUUCGAAACCGAUAUUGGAGAAGACCUUCCAUCUAUGGCGAACAACAAAGCCGAAAGCGAUGAUUUUGACGAUAUUGAAUCCUUUAAACCGGUUGAUAUCGACGUAAAUACGUUGAAAAAUAUGAUGGAAAGUUAUCAGUCUCAAAUUGGAGGCCCGGGUCCUGCGGCGAAUUUACUGGGAUCGAUGGGAAUUCACGUUUCCCGAGCCCCUGGUUCGAGCAAAGCGAAACCUGGAAGCACUCGCCAGACGGACGUAUGAGUCGUGCCAUCCUAGCUCUCAAGUGUUUAAUGUUAUCCAAUUCUACCACUAAGCUUGAACGCUUUUCGUCAGUCCGAAUAUCGCAAUCUGUAGUUUAUGAUCAGCUCGUUAAGUAUCGGUACAUAAUGUGUACGUUAAGCUACUCAAAUGGCUUACACGUCAUUUUUUACAACGAAUUCAAACUAAUCUAGCAUGUACUUAUCUCUAUUCAGGGUACACUUUUUGAAAAAAAGACCAAUACAUUUAUUAGUAGAAAAUAGCUAUAACACUAGCAAAACAAAUGAAACAUGAAACAUUGUUACAACGUUGUUUCUUAGCCGUACUGGUUGUUGCAAAGAGAAAGAUGCCAUAACUAUUAUUGAAAACUAUUGUUCUUUUCAGGAAAGUCGAAUUUAAUGUACUGUUAUUGACUUCAUUGAAAGAACUGUCAAAAUAUAAAAAAAAAUGUGAGAGAUUUUACCGAUACCUUAAAUGUGUUCGGCAAGCACAAACAGCUACCUUAUAAGAUUAGUAGUUCAUAUAGACGCAAACAUACACAAUCACAAUCGAACUCGGGACACUAUCGCCGCAUUUCUUUUCCAAUCUAUUAUUUUAAGGUUACGAAAAUAAAUGUAAACUCGACGUAGGAAUGCUUUU